GCCAGUUUGCAUGAGCCGCCCUCACCACGUGACAGUGGGCCGCCACGUCUGUAACGGGGAGUGUCGGCAACGUCGUUCGUCACUCACGUCUUGUACUUCAGUGUCGUCGACCAGACAUGAGGGAAUGCGUCAGCCUCCACAUCGGCCAGGCGGGUGUGCAGAUCGGAAACGCCUGUUGGGAGCUGUAUUGCAUGGAACAUGGCAUCCAGCAGGAUGGCCAGAUGCCCAGCGACAAGCUGUUUGGCGAUGCAGACCAUUCAUUCGACACUUUUUUCGCCGAUACUGGCGCCGGCCAUUACGUCCCGCGCGCCGUGUUCGUGGAUCUCGAGCCCACCGUUGUCGACGAGGUGCGCACUGGUGCCUACCGGCAACUCUACCACCCAGAGCAGCUAAUCACUGGCAAGGAGGAUGCUGCCAACAACUACGCGCGUGGCCAUUACACGAUCGGCAAGGAGAUCAUCGACGUAGUGCUUGACCGCAUCCGGAAGCUGGUCGACCAGUGCUCGGGUCUACAGGGGUUUCUCAUAUUCCACAGCUUAGGCGGUGGUACUGGCUCCGGAUUCACCUCGCUUCUUAUGGAGCGCCUUUCGGUCGACUACGGGAAAAAAUCCAAGCUCCAGUUCUUGGUCUACCCAGCACCCCAGGUCUCAACUGCUGUUGUCGAACCAUACAACGCCAUUCUGAACACGCACACAACCUUGGAGCACUCGGACUGCGCCUUCAUGGUUGACAACGAGGCCAUCUACGAUAUCUGCUGGCGAAAAUUGGCUAUCGAACGGCCCUCAUACCCACACCUGAACCGGCUCAUCAGUCAGGUCGUCUCCUCCAUCACGGCUUCCCUUCGCUUCGAAGGUUCGCUCAACGUCGACUUGACUGAGUUCCAGACCAACUUGGUACCUUAUCCUAGGAUCCACUUCCCUCUGGCUACAUACGCUCCCGUCAUCUCCUCCGAGAAGGCCUACCACGAGCAGUUCAGCGUAGCCGAAAUCACCAACUCGUGCUUCGAGCCGGCAAACCAGAUGGUCAAGUGCGAUCCGCGCAACGGCAAGUACAUGGCCUGCUGUAUGCUGUACCGCGGCGAUGUGGUGCCUAAGGACGUGAACGCUGCCAUUACCGCCAUAAAGAACAAGCGCACCAUCCAGUUUGUGGACUGGUGUCCCACAGGGUUCAAGGUGGGCAUCAACUACCAGCCGCCUACCGUGGUGCCCGGUGGAGACCAGGCGAAGGUUCCGCGUGCCGUUUGCAUGUUGUCCAACACGACAGCCAUCGCCGAGGCCUGGGGCCGACUAGACCACAAGUUCGACCUUAUGUACGCCAAGCGCGCCUUCGUCCACUGGUACGUGGGCGAAGGCAUGGAGGAGGGAGAGUUCUCAGAGGCCCGUGAGGACAUGGCUUCCCUCGAGAAGGACUACGAGGAGAUUGGCAUGGACUCAAACGAGGACGUCAACGAGCCCGAUGAGUACUAGGCCGAGCGCUAUAUUCCCUCCGAAAGAACGACGGACCUUCGUCAAAGCUAACAAUUAAAAUUAAAAAUAUUGUAAUAAAAGACGUGAUUGCUCCCUUGCCU